UUGGACGUUUGUUUUCGCAGCCUUCCCCUCCCCCCCUCGCUGAGGCGGCGGGGGUGCGCGUUGCGAAGGGGGAGCCGAGAGACUCCUCCCCCUCCACGAUACCCCCGCCCCUCCCCCUUACACACUCGCACGCACUAUCGCGCCGGCUCCCACACGCUCGCGCGCCUCCCGCUCCGCGCCUCGGUGUUGGCCGGCAUCGUCCAGGGCCCGCGGAGCCACCAUGUCCACUGCCUCCUCCUCUUCCAGUUCCUCUCAGACUCCUCAUCCCCCGCCGCAGAGGAUGCGGCGCAGCGCCGCGGGUUCCCCGCCCGCCACCCCCGCCGCCGGGAGCGGGAACGGUGCGGGCGGCGGCGGCGGCGGCGGCGGCGGCGGCGGCGGCGGCGGCGUGAGCUGCGCCCCGGUUGCGGGAGCCGGCCGGCUGCUGCAGCCCAUCCGCGCCACGGUGCCCUACCAGCUCCUGCGGGGCAGCCAACACAGUCCCACGCGCCCGCCCGCCGCCGCCGCCUCGCUGGGCAGCCUCCCGGGGCCCGGCGCGGCCCGCGGCCCCAGCCCGCCCAGCCCGACGCCGCCGCCGACCGCGGCCCCGACCGAGCAGGCGCCGCGGGCCAAGGGCCGCCCGAGACGGUCCCCAGAGAGCCACCGGAGGAGCAACUCACCUGAGCGACGGAGCCCCGGCUCGCCCGUGUGCAGAGUGGACAGGCCAAAAUCUCAUCAAGUUCGAACCUCUGGUACAAUCAGGCGAACCUCUUCUUUGGAUACGAUAACAGGACCUUAUCUCACAGGACAGUGGCCACGAGAUCCUCAUGUUCAUUACCCUUCAUGCAUGAAAGAUAAAGCUACUCAGACACCUAGCUGUUGGGUAGAAGAAGGCACAGAAAAGAGAUCACAUCAGCGUUCUGCAUCAUGGGGGAGUGCUGAUCAACUAAAAGAGCAGAUUGCCAAACUGAGGCAGCAACUACAACGUAGUAAGCAGAGCAGUCGGCACAGUAAGGAGAAGGAUCGUCAGUCACCUCUCCAUGGCAACCACAUAGCAAUCAAUCACACUCAGGCUACUGGAUCAAGAUCAGUCCCUAUGCCACUGUCAAAUGUAUCAGUGCCAAAAUCAUCUGUUUCACGUGUGCCCUGCAAUGUAGAAGGAAUAAGUCCCGAAUUAGAAAAGGUAUUCAUUAAAGAAAAUAAUGGGAAAGAGGAAGUGUCCAAGCCUGUGGAUAUCCCGGAUGGUCGGAGAGCCCCCCUCCCUGCUCACUACCGGAGCAGCAGCACGCGCAGCAUCGACACGCAGACCCCCUCUGUGCAGGAGCGCAGCAGUAGUUGCAGCAGUCACUCACCCUGUGUCUCCCCCUUCUGCCCCCCGGAAUCCCAGGAUGGUAGCCCUUGCUCAACAGAGGAUUUACUCUAUGAUCGUGAUAAAGACAGUGGGAGUAGCUCACCGUUACCCAAGUAUGCUUCAUCUCCCAAACCAAACAACAGCUACAUGUUCAAACGGGAGCCCCCAGAGGGAUGUGAGCGAGUGAAGGUCUUUGAGGAAAUGGCGUCUCGCCAGCCUAUCGCAGCCCCUCUCUUUUCAUGUCCUGACAAAAACAAGGUUAAUUUCAUCCCAACCGGAUCAGCUUUCUGUCCUGUAAAACUUCUAGGCCCUCUCCUACCUGCCUCUGACCUGAUGCUCAAGAACUCUCCUAACUCUGGCCAGAGCUCAGCUCUGGCCACCCUGACCGUCGAGCAGCUCUCCUCCCGGGUUUCCUUUACGUCUCUUUCUGAUGGCACCAGCGUGACGGGCUCCACAGAGACCUCUGUCCAACAGCCAUCCCAGCAGCCACAGCAGCUCCUGCAGGAACUGCAGGGUGAGGAGCACAUCUCCGCUCAGAACUACGUGAUCAUCUAAAGCAGAGGGGGAGCUGGCCUCUACCCUGUGUUCCCUGGAUUAGGAACUAGAUCUCAGACAUCUAUCUGCAUGGAGUGACAAACUUCCUGACACCACCACCAACAACAGAAUACUUAUCAGCAUCAUAAAGUAUCUCUUAACACCGAUCUUGGCAGGGACGGAACUCCUAUUCAGCAGUUUUUGUGGAAAGCAGUAAUGCUUGCAAAAAUGUGUGUAUCAUUCAGCAUUUUAAGUGGAGACUAUGCAUUUCAUAGUAUGUUUGACAGAUUAGUACUGUGUCCUGUGUUUUGUUCCAAACUCUUCAGUAUAAAUAAGCUCUAUAUCAGAAAGUUGCCUGUCUAAAUAGAAAAUGUCUUGCUGUGUUUUGUCCUAUGGAAAAAUACUGUACUUCAGAAUUAUGUUUACAAUUGAUCCAGGUGUUUGUUUCUAACUUCUGUAAUACAUACAAUGCAAAAAAAUAAAUAAAUAAAUGGCCACAACAGUUGCACAGUGCCCACCCUAUGGCCUAGCUUCAGGUACUUCAGUUGAAGUCUAAACUCAGGUAACUUGGAAUGUAUAUCAUAUUGGGAUAUUAACUAUUUCACAGCUAAAAAGCUAAAGAGGGAACAUCACUCUUUUGCCUUUUCUUAUUUUAUGCAUUUCCCUUUCCUCAUUACAUUCCACAUUCUUAGAAUAAGAAGUGCAUUCAACCCUAGGAGAACAGAAAUCCUGGACAUGGGUGAACAUGAGGAGAACCAGCAAAUCUGUGGUGUCUGACAUCACUUUUGUCAUGUGGUUACACGUAAAACAACUGUUGCAUUCACUGUUUCAACAUGUGUAAA